GACGCGUCAAGUGGUUUGAGUUGCGACGUUUGUGCACUCAUGAGUGGAUCGUCGCUAGCAGCCCUGCAUGGUGUUGGCCUGGCGGGCAUCAGCAAUGCUAUCGCUGCAUGCUUCACCAACCCUGUAGAUGUCAUCAAGGUGCGGAUGCAGCUUGCUGGGGUCUCUAAGCUCACCAGCUGCGAUGCCCAUACAGUCUUGACUGCUGGUCGAAAGCUGUGGCAGCACGAAGGAGUGCAAGGCCUUUACCGAGGUUUGCAGCCAUCCAUACUCAGAGAGCUCUCUUAUAGUGGCGUCCGGAUGGGCCUCUAUGAGCCUGUACGGGAAAUGCUUUUGAGCUUUCAAGGUGGCAAGCAAUCGACUUCUCCCUUACUCAUCAAGAUUUGUGCGGGUGCUUUCACAGGCGCAGUCGGUUCUGUCCUGGCGAAUCCCUUUGAUCUUCUGAAGGUUCGCAUGCAAGGAGCAGAGCUUAAGCAAGCUCCAAUGUCAGUGGUGGCUGCUGGCAGAGCCAUUUGCCAAGAAGCUGGAAUCUCUGGACUUUGGCGUGGGGCAGGUCCUACAGUGCAGCGAGCGACGCUGCUGACAGCAUCCCAGGUACCCAGCUACGACCACGCAAAGCACACACUCCUUGACCAAGGCCUCCUGAAAGAAGGCUACUUUUGCCAUUUCAGCUGCAGCAUGCUGGCUGGAGUUGUCGCAGCAGGGGUUACGAGUCCUGUCGAUCUAGCAAAGAGCCGUAUCAUGACGCAGCCUGUGAACCCUGAGACUGGAAGAGGCGCACUCUACGUUAGCACCUUCGAUUGUCUUGUGAAGACUGCCAGAUCUGACAGGGUCAUGGCAAUCUUCCGGGGCUUUAGCAUGCAAUGGCUCAGACUGGGACCACACACUACGAUCUCUUUGAUGUGUUUUGAGCAGCUCCGGCACUUGGCCGGUAUGAGUUUCCUGUGAGCUGCCUCUACAUGCGCGACGGUCUUUGGCAUCUUUUGCAAUGUACAGUAAGGGCACUGCCAGUCCGAGGGCUGCAGAACUGCUGCCUGUCCAGCACCCCACCCGCGGGCGUACUGACAGAACAAAAUGACAGAGCCGCCUCGCAGCUCGCAAAGCUGUUCACUUC